AGAUAUUUCCUAUUUUUACAGGGGGGGAGAUGGCUGAAAUUAGUGACCUUGACCGUCAGAUUGAACAUCUGCGGUGCUGUGAACUCAUCAAGGAGAGUGAGGUCAAAGCCCUCUGUGCAAAGGCCAGAGAGAUCUUAGUGGAAGAAAGUAAUGUCCAGAGAGUAGAUUCCCCAGUAACAGUUUGUGGGGAUAUCCAUGGCCAGUUUUAUGACCUUAAAGAGCUAUUCAGGGUAGGUGGCGAUGUACCUGAGACCAACUAUCUUUUCAUGGGAGACUUUGUUGAUCGAGGCUUCUAUAGUGUUGAAACAUUCUUGCUGCUGCUGGCACUCAAAGUCCGUUACCCAGACAGAAUCACCCUUAUCCGUGGCAAUCACGAAAGCAGGCAGAUCACCCAGGUAUAUGGGUUUUAUGAUGAGUGCUUGAGAAAAUAUGGCUCUGUCACUGUGUGGCGCUACUGCACUGAGAUUUUUGACUACCUCAGCCUCUCUGCCAUUAUUGAUGGCAAGAUUUUCUGUGUCCAUGGUGGCUUAUCCCCAUCCAUCCAGACUCUGGACCAGAUCCGAACAAUAGAUCGCAAGCAAGAGGUCCCUCAUGAUGGCCCCAUGUGUGAUCUUCUAUGGUCUGACCCUGAAGGUACAACUAUGAGUCUUUAUUUUUCUUUGUGUGUGAAUAUUAUCUCGAUAGUAGAUGCUGUAAUGGCUGAUGUUGUGUACAGGUUUGGUGGAAUCUGAUAGGAAUAGGACAUGCCAAAAGUAGUGUUGAAGAGUAUUGUACCUGUAAUUCUGAUUCAAAAUUAUACUAGGAGCAAAA